CUUCAGCGACGGCCGCGCGAACUCCCGCUGGCGGCGCGAGGGCUGCCUCGCCUCCGCCUCCGCCUCCGCCUCCGCCGCGGAAGCCCCGCGCGGCCCCGUUGAGCAGGAUGGAAAAAAAGAACAUUUUAAUGAAAUCCAGUGUUGCUGCCUCCAACCUCCUGAGAACAUUGCAUUCUCUCUAUCAGUUUGGACACUUUUGUGAUGUUACAAUAUACACAGACCAGCUGGGUAUCCAGAAGGAAUUUUACGUUCACAAAGCUGUUUUAGCAGCUUCUAGCAAUUACUUUAAAAGCCUUUUCCUCAAUAAUGAAAUGAUGAAUGUCAAAAACUGCAGGAUUAUCCUCCAGGAUAUUCAAGCUGAAGAAUUUGUGUCAUUCCUCAGAUUUGUUUACACAGCAGAGUUAGAAAUUGAAGUGGACAGACUGUACCGGAUCAAGGAGGUUGCCAAAAGGCUUGAAUGCCAGGAUCUGCUUGACAUUUUUGAAGAAAUGAAGGCUGUAGGUGGAGAUUUGGAACCGAGUGUUCAUUUGAAAAAAAAUGAAGAUGUUAGAUUGCCCUGGAAGCGAGCAGAACAAGGAGGAGGGAAAGAACAGUGUGAAUUAUCCCAUGUUUUGGCUGCUGCACCAAUGAAGAAGCAUUUGGGGGAGAGAAUGAACCACUCAAAACUAACCACCAGUUCUGAUGAUAUCAAAAAUAAACCUAUAAACCCUAAUGAAGAUAGGAUUGUGAGUGGUAAGUCCAAAGAUGAGUCAGCAAUGACAUCUGACCAUACCAGUGAGACUGAUGGUCCUUCGCUAAAUGAGGACGACUUAAAGGAAGCCCACACGGCUUUAAGCAGGACACUGCAGGACCAACAGAAGGAUGAAAGUAGUUUGACUCUCUGUAACGCCAAACUCAGAAAAUCAACCCGCAGUAUGCCAAGAGUCUCGCCAAGAUCGUACGCAUGCGACAAAUGUAAUAAUUUGUUCCCCUUUGCUGAGCAGUACCACUCUCAUAUUGAUCUGGAGCAGAGCACAAGCCUGGGAAUUAAGUGUAGCUGCAACAUUUGUGGCCAACUCUUUCCCAGUUGCCACAAUCUAAGGCGACACAGGCUCACUGUCCACAACAGAGAGCGGGGCUUCCCUUGUUUGCUGUGUGACAAAAAGUUCCAGCGUCAGAAGGAUAUCAGUGCUCAUGUCCGCAGGGUGCAUGAAAAGGAGCGGCGUCCGCAGCCGUGCCCCUACUGUGACAAAGUCAUCAGCUCCAAGUGUGGCCUGACAGUUCACAUUCGAACCCACACGGGGGAGAAGCCUUAUAAGUGUGAACUCUGUCCGGCCAGUUUUGCUCAGAGGUCAGCCUUUACUACUCAUGUAAGAAAAAUACAUGAAUCCAGGAAUGAUGGAAAAUGCGUGCCAGCUUAUUGGACAAUAGUUCCACCAGCAGAAAAAGUAGAAGUGGUAGAUAGUGGAAUCAACAGGAGUAACAAAAUACAUCACAAGGGGCCAAAUAGUGGCCAGCAAAGGGAAAUUCUGGGCAAAGCUACUCAGGAGCCUGAGGGAGAAUCCAGUAGAUCUCUUCCAGGGGAAGCACAGCCUGACAACAAAGGCAAGAAGCUGGAACUAGGUGAUGAAACUAAUACUGAAAAAGGGAAAACCAGUGGACAAGGAACUGUGGAUGUGGAAGGAAAUGGAGAAAGACGUUGUGAAGCAGGAGGAUAUAGCAACAAUGAGGCCUUUUCUUCAGGUGAUAAUCACAACAAGGACUCAAAUAAUCACGAUAGAGAAGACCCUGAACAGGAUGUAAAUUGCAAAGUUAACAAAAACAAGGUCAUCCCCAAAUCUGCUUACAUCAUAACUUGUACCAAAUGCACUGAGAAGUUUCCGUCACGGAGGAAAUACGUCAACCACUGCAAAGAAGUCCAUCAUUCCUUGCCUGGGAAAGUAUAUCAGUGUGAUGUUUGCAGCAAAUCUUUUGCAAGUUACAACAGCUGGAAAGAGCACCGAGCCUGCGUUCACACAGAAGACAGGAAGUUUGCCUGCACCCUGUGCAAUGCCACCUUUAAAAGAAAGAGGGAUGUGAGGACUCACUGUGUGCGGAAGCAUGAAGGCCGAGUGAAGCGUCCCCUCUGCUCUGUCUGUGGAAAAAUACUGAGUUCCAGGACAGCCCUGGUCUUUCAUAUGAGGACCCACACAGGAGAGAAGCCGUAUCAGUGUGGCGUUUGUGCCUCAAGAUUUGCUCAGCCAUCACAGCUCAAGAUUCAUACCAGGUCAGCUUCUACUAUCUCUUCCCUCUGCUCCCUACCAUCUCAUAUCUUCUGCUGUUUGGGCUAGCUGUUGUGCUGGCUUGUGCUGGUUGUGCCUAUUUAAAAUUAAAUUGUAAAAUGAAAAUCCAUAGCACGUGGGUGCCUUCCUGGGGAGA